AUGGCUGACCUGGACGCUGAGCUGCUUGCCCUGGCGGGAGGCGAUGAUUCUUCUGACGAGGAAUCUCCCGCUAUAUCGCAGCAGGGGGACAAAGAUAAAGAGCGUCAGGCCUCUCCAGGCAGCUCAUCCUCCAACGACCAAGACGACGACGCGGACAACAUGGGUCGCAAGGGGGUAGCCCGGCCGGUCAAGCGCCAGCGCAAGAGAGCCAGAGCAUACGAUGACGAAGAGGAAGAGGGCGAGCUAUCCUCUUCUAGUGUUCACUCUCGACGCUCCCUUCGAUCAGCCUCCAUGUCCGAAUCAGAGUCAGAUACCUCUCCUCCUCCCGAAGAGAACCAGGGCCCCAUCUUUCCUUACGAGAAGCUAUUCUACUCCGCCAAAGACAAGAGUGAAAUCAUGGCUCUUCCUGAAAUCCAGCGAGAGGAGCUGCUAUCAGAACGAGCUCAGCAGGUCGACCGUCAUAACCAGGAUAUUGCCCUCCGCCGUUUGCUAGCCAACAGAGAGCGAGAGGAAGCCCGUGCCGCGGCUAAGAAGAAGCGCAAGGCCGGCUCAGCCGAUUUGGAAGACAGCCAGCGCAAGAGCUCACGCAAGAAGACGGUUCUCGGUGGACGCAAAGUGGGUGAGCCCUCAGAUGCAAUCGAAGCAUACAAGCGUCAGAGAGAGCAAAAGGGAAAGCGAGAUGAGCAGCGUCGGCGUGAUGCUUCUUCACGAAAGAAUAACAACGCCAGCAGCUCUCCAGCUCGAGAGGCAGAUGAUCGAGACGCCAGCGGUGAAAGUGAGGUCGAGUGGGACGAUAAACCCCAGCGCCGGAGUGUAACACCCCCGCGUUACGAUCCCCCAGCUGAACUGCGGGAGUUACAGCGUGCCAGAAUUGCACGCAGCAACUUUGCCCAGGUCUGUUUCUAUCCUGGCUUCGAUCAGGCUAUCAGCAACUGCUACACCAGAGUCAGCUUGGGACCAAACCCGUCAACUGGAAAACCAGAGUACAGAAUUGGGCUGAUCAAGAGAUUCACCGAAGGACGUCCGUAUGCUAUCGAGGGGCCAAAUGGACGCAAUUUUGUCACUACUCAGUACUGUCUUCUGGCUCAUGGCAAAGCUGAAAAGGAGUUCCCCUUUAUCGCCUGUUCCGAAUCCCCCUUCACUGAGGCUGAAUUUAACCGCUAUCGGAAAACCAUGGCAGUGGAUGGCCUCAAGAUGCCCACAAAGUCCGCUGUCGACAAGAAAGUAGCAGACAUCAACCGUUUGCUGGCGCACGACUUCACUAAAGAGGAGCUCGAGGAGAAGCUUCGUCGCCAGGGCACAAACGACAACAAACAGCUCGUCUACAACCGCAUCCAGCUUGAGCGUCGCCGCAACGAGGCCAUCGCUAACAAGGAUGAAGCCGUCAUCGCAGAGUGUGAUGCUGAGCUCGCUCGUCUGACUGGGCCCAAGCUCGCUUUUGGCACCACACUGGUCAAGCCACGCCCUAACGAGAAGACUCAACAAGAACGUCUCGCUGAGCUAAACAUGCGCAACCAGAAGCUCAACACCGAGAAUGUGCGCAAGGCCCAGCUGGCCGAGCGUAAGGCAGCAAAACUAGCCGCCGCCGCCGUCGCCCGAGGAGAGGCCGUCGCCGACCGCUUUGCACGUGUCAAGACCAGAGCGAGGACGUACUACGAGUCCACGGAUGGCCAUCUCGUCCCCGUCAAGCCCGAGGCCGUCAUUGCUGAUCGCAGCCGCGCCAUCACCCCGACCACCACCAGUAACAACACCGAUGCCACCAACACGCCUGCCAACGGAACCACACCCCGCAGCGUCACUCCGUCCAAGCCAGCCACCCCAAAGGUCUACAAGGGCGUCCCUGUCAUUCGUCACCGGCCUACGGAUGAGGACAACAUCGCUGCCCUGGACUUGGACAUCGACAUCGAGAUCUGACCUUCAUACGCUAGCUACCAAAUCUUUUACACCUGUAUCACCAUGAUCUUUUUCCUUCUUCUACCCGUGUAUCUUGUCUUUUACAUGCGCGCUCGGAGUUAUAGCGACGGAGAGGAACCUGGCUGGGUCUUUUACACAUCUCUUUAUGCCGUCUUUCUUCUGCUUUCCACUGAAUAAAUAAAUAAUACAAAAAUGUCCUCCUAUGUAUUUUGAUCUGCUGUUUCUGCUUCUCGGCCAAUCACUCCAUCACGUGAUGGAAUGGAGGUAACUUUUAGGUUUAUUAGUAAGCCUGAGACCCACUUUAAAGUCAAGUGGUCUGUGCAUGAUGAUCGAAUCCCAAAAAGGAAAUAGAUGACGCCGAUCACUUAAAAGCUACAUCAAAACAUCGAAAGCAACAACGCAAAGCGAAAAGGCAAACGAAAGAUACAAAACAGACAACUCGAUAUAUAUCAAAUACGACGCAUCCUCCGACGCCAGUCCCUGUAUACAGCAAGGCUACCACAGCACUCGAGACGCGGGCGCCGGAGCCUGGCUUAGCUUGCCCGCAUCCCUGUCCA